AUGACAGCCCCAACUCAUACAGCCUAUUCCACCAAAAUCGAGGACAAGCAUCAUCACACGUCGCCAUACACAUCUGCCGUCACCGCAAGUGUCAGCCAAGUCGAAGCCCCGGUCGUACAACACGGUAUCUCCCACAUCGAUCGCGACUCCGCCAUCGCCCUGGGCGUUAUCCUCACUCUCAUUCUCCUCGCAAUUGGAUACUACGUUUACCUCCGUCUCCAAUACCGACGAGAGCAAGACCUGGAGCAGCAGCAGCAGCAGCAGCGGCGACGGUCCAGCAUCCCUACUUUACGAUCCUACGGUACUAGAGGACGAGCACCGACUCCGAGCUUCCGCAUGGAGAGAAUGUGGAGUCGAGCUGUGAGGCAUGACUCUGAUUCGUCGACACUACAGGGAAGUGUGAGUGGCGAGCACAAGGGAAGUGGAAAGAAGGGGAGUUGGAGCUCUUCGUCACGGGGAUCAGUAUCGACUAGAGUCGGAAGCGUUGAUACAACCUCAAAUGACCCCCACGGAGGGCCAAGGUCUCGAUCACCAUCUCCCCGCAGUCAAACUCGACGCAAGUCCUCUCACCGGCGCACGUCUAGCAUCGCGUCCGUGCCCGCACCGCUCCUUGAUUCGCUGCAAAGACAAGCGGACAAGUCGUGGUGGGCGGAUGUUGCGCGAAGAGGUUCGACUACACAUGCGGAUCGCAGGUUUUCGGUCCUCGAGCCAAUUCCUGAGCCCCAUGAGAUGGACAUUAGUGAUGGUAAAAGGAGAAAGAGCGAGGCUGAUUGGAAGAGAAAAAAGUCAGUGACGGACAGGAGUGGGUAUGAUUGGACGAGGCCAUCCGUCGCAAUCGACAGAAUCGAUGACAUAGACGAGGAAAUCGACAAAGACGUUAUUGCAGAAGGGAGUGUAUGUAGCGGAGCGAUUAGGCAAGAUGGGUUCACAGACAUCAGGUCGAAUGUGGGAAACAAAGGUAGAGGACCCCACCAUCAGGUACAAGUUUCCGAGGGCCGUGGGUCGACAUGA